GUUAAACUUUCACUCAUUGCAAAUACUAGUAUAUAUGUUCUCCGUGUUUCACUAAGAAUUACGGUAUGUUUAAUUGUUACUCAUGGUCAGCUCACACUUUUUAGCUGAGCUGUUGCAGUGUGGCAUUUUGACUUGUCCUAUAUUUAUCUGACUUUUGCAGCUAGUUGAGCAGAGGCAGAUCUUGGACGAUUUGGAAAUGGAGCCAUGCUACAUGGAUAAGGCGGAAGCGAAAGACGAGGAGGACGAAGUAGAGCACGUAUCCGAGCUCUCCGAAUGUUUACCUUUUUGGACAGGCGGCCAGAUGCCUUUCACGGUUUCGACUAAAACACAGUAUGCCACCGAAAUGCUGUGCCAUGAGCGCUAUGAUGAUUUUGAAACCCGAAGACAGAUGACAUCUCCAAAGAUCAUAAGAAGUCGAACAGCCAGAUUUUUUCUGCAUGGUUUUGAAGCUAUUCCUUCUUCGUACAGCUCUUUGGAUGCUAGCCAUCCGUGGUUGUGCUUCUGGAUCCUUCACGGUCUGAAUAUUAUCGGAGCACCGAUUCCGAAGAAAGUGGCUGACGCUGCCAUUAGCAUUCUUCGCAGCUGUCAAGUGGAUUCUGGCGGAUUUGGGGGAGGCGUUGGUCAGAGUCCCCAUUUGGCAGCCACGUACGCGGCUUGCAUGGCACUGUCAUCAAUUGGCACUGAUGAAGCGUUGUCCGUUAUUGAUGUUGCGGGAAUCAAAAGAUAUCUGGAACGUAUGCGACAGCCGUCGGGCGCGUUCACUAUUAGCGAAGAUGGCGAAGAAGACACGCGUUCGGCAUAUUGUGCAAUUGCCGUGGCUGUUCUGCUCGAUAUCCCACUGGAUCCGCUUUUCGAAUUCACGGCUGAAUGGCUGAUGGAUUGUCAGACGUACGAAGGAGGAUUUGGAGCGUUUCCCGGCAGCGAAGCACAUGGAGGUUAUACUUAUUGCGCUUUUGCAUCUUUGUAUCUGUUGGAGAAACCUUUUCUCUGCGAUCUGAACCGUCUGACCAGAUGGCUAGUUUUCCGGCAGAUGCGCUAUGAAGGCGGCUUCCAGGGUCGGACUAAUAAACUGGUCGACAGUUGCUAUAGCUUUUGGCAAGGUGCAGUUUUUCCUCUCCUUCGGCAGGUGCAUGAAAGUCUGAGGAAAAAUGAUCCUGUUGACAUUGGGAAUAUGUUAUUCGAUCGAACUGCGCUGCAAGGUUACGUGAUCAUUUGCUGUCAAAACAUAGACGGUGGUUUCUGUGAUAAACCUGGCAAAGCAAGCGAUUAUUACCAUGCGUGCUAUGCACUGGCCGGAGCAGCUGUCGCGCAACAUAGUCUUAUCGGCGAUACAGAAUGCAUUUUUGGGUCGGAAGCAAAUCGUCUGCAAGAGAUCCAUCCGGCCUUUAAUUUAACCUGUCGUUCUUUUGAAUAUGCUCAUAACUUUUUUAAAUCGAUUAAAGCCCAGCUGAAAUAAAUGUUUUGCUUUCUGUUGUUUAGGAGAAGCUGGUGAAACAAUGGAUUGUUAGUUAAAUUUGGUACAAUUUGGUAUUGAUGAACAGUAGUGUUGAGGCAGAAUUGGUUAGUUAAGGUAUAUUGUGAUAGUAAAAGGAUCGGGAGAACUUUUGUGAGACUUGAAAUUGCAGGAUUCCUGUAGCGUAUUUCUUAUUAUUUUAUCAAGCGUAUUGGAG